GAAAACUUCAGGCAUAUUUGUAAGACAGUCAUAUGCAAACAUUUCAAAUGAAUAAAUCGUUUCCGCAAUCACCUAGUGCUUCAUCGGAAGCAAGCGAAACGCAGAGCAUAAACGAUGAACCAAUCACGAUAAAUAAAUCCAUUAAGCAAACCAAGGCAAAAACCAAAGAACUGGAGAAGGAACGGCCGCCAUGGAAAACCGUUAUCAUAGCCCCACCAUCAAAGGCAGACAGAAAUGCCCUGUUGAAGGCAAAAAUUUUGGAUGCAACGAGGCGUGCCUUGUUAUCACAACGGAUUGCUCACAUAUGGACUCAAACAGAUCCAAUUCCAACAAAAGAAAAACAGGUUGAAACAGAUGGCUCUGUAACCAUUAAAAAGGAGAGUCCGGGUGGAUUUAUAUUAACGCAAACUAUCGGUUUGUCAACCGAUAACAUUUUGAUAAAUGACGUCGGAACCCAAACAGCUAGGCCAAAAACUAGUCUAUCGUUUGGAACAUUUCCGUACGGAAAUAAUUCUGUUAACGAAAACACAUUUGGCACGGUCGAGGACAACAUUUUGCGAAAUGCACAUAGCCUUGAAACUCAAGUGCAAGACAUUAAAAGGCUCGAAGACAAGCUGUGGAACAAGAGUGAACCAGAGCACGUAGACAACGACAUUGCAAGCGAACCGAAAAAUGAAAUUAACGACGAGUCGCGAGAAGUGGAAUUUUCUGACGAUUCGCUAAGUGAUAACGGAAAAGCUGAUUUCGAUGGCGGCAGUAGAAAACAAUCGAACGACAGUGACGACGUGCAGCCAAACGAAAGCCAGGAAAAGUUUUUAAACGCACCAACAUUAACAUCCUGGACAGGUUUUGAAUCGAACGAUGAUGACGAAUACGGCCUACCACAACUUCCUAAACAAACCACAUCGGAAGGCUAUGCGCCGUGGCAUAAUUUUAAAGAUAUUCUCAUCGGCAAUCGACUCGCUAAUAUGCAUCUAUCGCCUCUACCACCACGGAGGACAAAUAUUAAACGUAAAUCAGUGACUUGGAGCGAUGCACAGCAUCAAGCAGUGUCGGAACUGAUGUUCGAAGCCACAGCACUGUUAGAUGUUUUUGACAAUGUUGCAAUGCUCAUCGGGCCGGAUUUAAAUAUUAAACUUACUCCGAACGCGAAAUUUGAGUCACUAAAAUUACCCGAAUCGAAAUGGCAGCCAGUGCUAGAGAAGUCAACAAAAGAAUUGGAUGAAUGUUUGAGACGUUUUCGACCGCAUGUUUUUUCCAAAUCAUUUGAUGUGGACGAUUUGAAUUUUUGAGAGUUUGUAUAAUAUCAGAAAACAUUACAAAUUUUGAUGAAGAAAGUUGAGUUCAUGAACGACAAAUAGAGGGUUUUUUAAU